AUGACGCAGGUACUUACCGGGCACGGAUGUUUCGGCAAGUACCUGCACGGGAUAGUGCGGCGGGAGGUGUCACCCUCCUACCACACGGCAUUCCCUGGCACAACUUUUUGCGGAGAUCUCUCGCUGCUGAGCGUUAUCAACGCUAUGCUCAGUAGUGAGCCUUACUGGUCGAAAAUGCGUUCCUUCUGUGAAAAGGUCAUGUCGCAGAAGGAGGAAGCGGAACGGGAGCGGGAGGUGGACGCUGCUGCACACCCGACCCACCGAAGAAGACCGGGGAAGAGGAAACAACGCUACGCUACCUUCUCCCCCCGCCUCAAUAGGCGCCGCGGGGAAUACGAAGGUUUUCAGUACCCCAGGAAUCUCCCCUAG